AUGGAAAACAUGCUUAAAACUCCUCCAAAAGUGCCAAUUCAAGCACAAGCAUCAGAGUCAGAAUGCAAAACACCAACUCCAGUUCAACAACCAGACCAGCAUGAUCAUAACUCCUCAAAUGAAUUGCGCAAACCUGUCACCCCAGAUCGUCUUAGAGUCCCUAAGGCAUUCAAAUACCCAGAAAGGUAUACCAGCCCAACUGAUAUGAUGAUCUCGCCAGUAACCAAAGGCCUACUUGCAAGGAGUAAAAAGGGUGGUGCAUUAAUACCCCCUGGUAAAAAUCAACCAAAGAUUCCAGACAUGUGCUUGUUGCAGGAUGUGGGACCUUUCCAAAACAAGCUUCCGAUGCUGAUUGACGAGAAGAUCAACUCAACUUGAGGAACUCAGUGGAUCCUUUUUGUUCAACAAGAUAAAUCAUGUG